AUGUCAAGUCCCUCUAACCCACCUGUGGAUGCGUCGUCACCGGAAGGCACGGAAAGCGCGGAAAGCCCAAUGUUCAAUAUUCUCGUUAAGAACCCUACUGAUAGACCAGGCUCAAUGCCAUUUACGCUGGAUGUCAAUGUCAAAGCCACAGUGCGCAAUUUGAAAGAGCUUCUUACAUCUUCCUACCCUGGUUCUCCGUCAGUGACCUCGCAACGCCUCAUCUACGCUGGAAAGCUUCUGAAAGACAGCCACUCUUUGGAAACUAUAUUAACCUCUACUGAUCGUCCGGCGCAACACAUCAUACACCUCGUGGUGUCUAGUCGCCAUCGCGCCGCUGCUGCUACUUCUCGUGCAUCCACCUCAAGAACCUCUACUUUGGCCGGUUCAAGUGCCGUGCCCUACCAGUCGAGUGCGCCCUCCUCAUCGCCGGUGCCUCCCUCAUACCCUCACCCGAAUACUGCACCCCCGCAGAACUACAACAAUAUGUUUCAUCCAUAUGUUGCUUUCCAACAAUACCCCCCGGGAGUAGAAGGGCAGAGAUACCCUUAUCCGCCUGUGCCUGGCGUACCACCACCCGAUCCGAGUAUGUAUCCAUUGCCUUACCCGCCACCGCAGUUCCCAUAUCCUCCUCCACCGUCAGAUGUUCCUGGCAACGUUCAGGCACAUCGAAAUGCGCCCCAAGGACCGCUGCCGUUCGCUCCAAUGGACCAAGCAUCAUAUGCUGCGCAUCUGCAGGCAAUGGAAAGAAUUAUUGGGGACGGUCUUGCAGCUCAGUACACGGGUGCUCAGGAAGCAGCAGCAGCGGCAGCAGCUCGGGGAGUGAGAGAGGGGGCUGAUGCGCGUGUGGCGGCUCAAGCAGCAGCGGCAGCUGUGAUGCAUGCUCAAGCCCAUAUCCAGGCAUGGACAGACCUCAAUGCCGGACUCCGAAACAACGCGGCUCCUGCACCACCUCAAAAUCGCCCUCAAGGGCCAGAUGCCGGGCUUGGGUUUCAGUUUGGAAUAGGAAACGGGGCGGAGGAAGGAAUGCAUCAAAAUCUUAACCCUCAAGAGAAUCAUGGUAUUGAACAUGACGGAGCCCGUGUUCGCCGAUAUGUCUUCCAUUUCGAGGUUAAUUGGACCCUAAUAUUGAAACUCAUAUUUGUCGUCUAUCUUCUUGGCCAAGAGGGAACUCCUCGUCGCGUAUACAUUCUGCUGUCGCUUGCUCUUGUGAUAUACCUUUGGCAAACGAAUCGACUUGGGUUUCUCGGUCGAAUAGCGGGGAUAGCGUUACCGAAUCCAGUUCAACUUUUUGAAGCAUUCUUUCCAAGAGUUCAAGGACCUAACGAAGAAGGAACGCAAGCCUCCCAAAGCGACCAGGACCCGAACGCGCAGAGUCCGAGGGGGUCUAGUCGAUUCGGAAGGGGAGCAGUCGUUUUGUGCUUCAUCUAUUCGUUCUUUUACGGGUUCGUGGGGUCUUUACUACCUGCAUGGCGACCUCCAGCUUUACCACGUGUGGAAGAGCUACUGCACCCUGCAGAGAACGAGAACGACAACAAUCACGGUUUACAAGAUGGUCCUAGAGAAGUAGAUGAUCGGCGCGAUGUCCAAGCGGGUGCUGAGUAGGAUGGACGCAAGAACAUGUGGAAACGAACCUUGUCGGCAACCACCCUUUUCAGUCUUGAUCUUAGAAAGAACAUCGAAGUGAUUAUGCAAUACAGUAGUCAUGUUGCGCUGAGUUCAUACACAGAUUCUGAGCAGGGUCAUUACACUGAAAAUUCCGAACCGACCGGUGGCACGCUCAUGACACUGACGCGACUUAGAACUCAAACUGUUCCCGGAUAUUUGCUGCUCUUUUGGAUAGUCAUGCGCACGUAAUGCAGUAUCACUAACCGUUCGCCCUGAUCGAGAACCAAUAGGCAUCAUAUUAAAGACAGUGAUGGAAAUGUUUAU